AAUUAGGGGUGGAAAUGCUUACGGUGUAAACGUUGAGGGGGUUGCUCGACAAGGACUGGUAAUGGGAAUGGGUGUGUAAAAUAACCUCACACACACUAGGGAGGGCAACGUAAAAACUAGUCCACACAAAGAAACUUGAAGAAUCCAAAUCCGAUCCGUAAGGAGCGAAGGGUGUUUUGAUUUGAUGUAUUCAUGCGAGACUAGUAGGAUGUUGUUGGGUUGCAGAAGCUCUUUAGUCCUUGUCAGAAACUCAAAGAAGAUUCAUCAUAUCCGUUGUUGUAUGCUGGACCAAAUUGCUGUUUAUUCGCCCUUAACUACGAUACUAACAUCCGGAAAUGUAAUUGCUGCCGCUGCUGCCGGCUCCGGGUCCCUUCACGGGGCAGUAACGUCGGCGAUUACUCAAGUCGCUGUCACCGCCGUUGCAAUUGCAUCCGGAGCUUGUCUAUCCACCAAGGUUGAUUGUUUAUGGCCUAAAGUCGAUGAACAGCCUGGUUCUUUAAUACUGGAUGGGGUGGAUGUCACCGGAUACCCUGUAUUUAAUGACCCAAAGGUGCACAAGGCAAUUGGAUUUGCAAGGAAUGCUCAUCGUGGCCAGCUUCGCAAAACAGGAGACCCCUAUAUAACCCACUGUAUCAAUACAGCUAAAAUCUUAGCUGUGCUAGUUCCUUCAACUGGGAAAAAGGCUAUUGAUACAGUCAUUUCUGGCAUACUACAUGAUGUAGUUGAUGAUACAUGUGAAAGCCUGCAUACCAUUGAGACAGAGUUUGGUGAAGAUAUAGCAAAGCUGGUAGCUGGUGUGUCCAGGCUGAGUUAUAUCAAUCAGUUGCUACGAAGACACCGCAGGAUAAAUGUCAAGGAUCAGGCUACCCUUGGCUACGAAGAGGCAAACAAUCUACGAGUGAUGCUCUUGGGCAUGGUUGAUGAUCCACGUGUGGUGCUUAUCAAGCUUGCAGACCGUCUACACAACAUGAGAACCAUUUAUGCUCUACCCUCGGCCAAGGCUAAAGCUGUAGCACAGGAGACUUUGGUUGUUUGGUGUUCUCUUGCUUCCAGAUUGGGCCUUUGGGCUUUAAAAGCAGAACUUGAAGACCUUUGCUUUGCUGUUCUUCAACCUCAGAUCUUCCGCCAGAUGCGAUCUGACCUGGCCUCCAUGUGGACACCCAGCAGCAGCAGCAGCAGGGUUGGCAACCAUAGACGCCUAUAUGCCAAAAGCAGUGAACCAAACCUGACUCCUGAGCGUGAAGCAUCAAUAGAUGAUGGUGUAGUCAGCAUCAAGGAUCUUUUGCAAGCUGUUGUUCCCUUUGAUCUUCUACUUGAUCGAAGAAAACGAAUUCAAUAUAUUCAAGAUCUUGGGUCAUGCACAGAGGUCCAAACAAAACCAAAAGUUGUGAGGGAUGCUGGAAUUGCACUAGCAUCUCUAGUCGUUUGUGAGGAAGAACUGGAACGCGAGUUGUUUAUUUCAACCUCCUAUGUUCCUGGAAUGGAAGUGACAUUAUCUAGCCGCCUUAAAAGUUUAUACAGCAUCUACAGUAAGAUGAAUCGUAAAGAUGUCAGUAUCGAUAAAGUAUAUGAUGCACGUGCACUAAGAGUAAUUGUUGGAGAUAAAAGUGGAACUUUACAUGGACAAGCUGUUCGGUGUUGUUACAGUCUUCUAAAUAUCAUACACAGGCUUUGGACACCAAUUGAUGGGGAGUUUGAUGAUUACAUUGUCAAUCCAAAGCCAAGUGGAUAUCAGUCUCUGCACACUGCAGUGCAUGGUCCAGAAAACUCACCUAUGGAAGUUCAAAUAAGGACACAGAGCAUGCAUGAAUACGCUGAGCAUGGAGUUGCUGCACAUUGGCUUUAUAAAGAAGCUGGUAAUAACAAGAGCAGCGUAAUAGGUUCAGAAAUAACAUCUUCCUCAUAUCUCUCAAAUGACAUGGAAGAUAAAAGUUCACACAUAUUUCAGAAAUACAGUUCCCUGAAAGUAGGACAUCCAGUCCUUAGAGUUGAAGGAAGUCAUUUGCUUGCUGCAGUUAUUGUCAGAGUGGAUGAGGAUGGAAGACAUAUGCUUGUGGCUUCCAGCUUUGUACUCUCCGCUUCUGAAGCGGUUGCUGACAGAAGGUCAUCUUCUCAAAGAAAGCGGUGGGAGGCUUAUGCAAGAUUGUACAAAAAGGUAUCAGAUGAAUGGUGGUGUGAACCAGGGCAUGGGGAUUGGUGUACCUGCUUGGAGAAGUAUACACUUUGUCGAGAUGGUAUUUACCAUAAGCAAGAUCAGUUUCAGCGCCUGCUGCCAACAUUCAUUCAAGUAAUUGAUCUAUCAGAAGCAGAGGAGAUUGAAUACUGGAAUGUUGUGUCUGCCGUUUCUGAGGGGAAACAGCUUGAUUCUGUUUUGAAGUCAUCUUCAAGCUCAAGUUCUAGCUCUGGUUGGACUAACUUUACCCCCAUGGAAGCUGGUAUCAACAACAAGGUGCUCCUGUUGAGGACAAUGCUCCAAUGGGAGGAACAAUUGCGAUCCGAGGCAGGUUUUCAACAAUCAAAGUUUGCUAAUAAUGUGAACCAAUUUGGGGAAAUAGCAGUUGUGUGUUGGCCAGAUGGUGAGAUAGUGAGGUUGAGAAGUGGGAGUACUGCUGCAGAUGCUGCUACCAGGGUUGGCCUCGAAGGCAAACUGGUUUCUGUAAAUGGUCAGAUUGUGUUGCCUAACACGCAGCUUAAAGAUGGGGAUGUUAUUCAAGUCAGAGUUCGCUAAUUUAUUUAUGCCUUGUCUUUGAAUGAAAAUAGCUUCAGUUUGAGGAGGGAUUGUGAUUUUUGUAUAUAAGUGGGGUCCUUGAUUUUAUCCAUUGUAAAUAACCAUGAAUCAUUUUUACUGCCAUGGAAGCAAAAUUUAUUUCAACUUAUUAUUUA